GCAUGCAAAAGAAAAAAGAGAGCCCACUCAAUCUGAAAUUUUUGUUGAAACUCGGAAAGGAAAUAAAGCAAAAGAGAUGGAUGCAGAAACUGGAAAAAUAGUUUCCCAACUUCAAGAAAUGGCUGGAAAUGAGGAAAGUGAUACAGAGGCUUUUGAAGCUGUUUUUGGAAAGGAGCGUCCUGGAAGGGUACGUUGUUAUGGGAGAAACAUAACUAAAACUUCCUUAAAGCGAAAGUCGGAGAUCAAUGCUUUGAAAAAAGCACACAAUGAAGAGGUCUCUACAUUGAGGAACGAUUUGAAGAUAAGAUUGGUAGAUUGCAAAAUGCUUUUAAGACAUUAAUGCAACAUUGCAAUCCUCAAAUUAAUAUGGAGUCAAUAGAAGAUUUGUUAGGAUUAUCCUAUGGAGAUGCUAAUAGUGAUCCAAAGGAGAGUGGCCCACAAAUGCAUUCAUCUACAUCGGCUCAUGCUCCAUGUAUUCUAAAGCAAAGUAUCAAUGAAGAUGAUGAUGAGGACAACGGUGCAAGUGAUGAAAUUCAAGAGGACGACUUAAGUGAUGAGGAUGAAAUAAGUGAUGAAUUUCAAGAAGACGACAUAAGUGAUGACGACAUAGGUGAUGACCUUCAAGAUGAUGAUUUAAGUGAUGAAGAAGAGGAUGAUGUAGAUGACAACGAGUUGGACAAAUUUAAAUGAGUUGGAUUUUGUUGUUUUAAGCUUCUACUUAAGCAUUGAACUUAAAAAAAAAA